AUAAAAGGUGUAGAGCUUCUUUUAAAAAGGGAGGAUUCUAAAAGCAUCCCCAUGUAUUCUUCUUAUCAAAGGGACUCUUAGAUUGAAAUUAAAUGAAAGCGACUUGCUUCCCAGGCCAGUGGACAUGAAACCUAUUAGACAGGUACCUUCUCCAGGCAGCUUUUAUGAGCUCUCUCCAGAAUUGUCAGGCUGACUCUGCUAACUGUUCGAACCCAAGGGCAUGGAUUGGGAGAGACUUAAGUCAGACCACAAUGGAGAAGGUGACCCAGCAACAAGUGUCUGUGUGAAAGAGCAGCUGCAAUCCAUUGGCCAUCCCCACUGAAUACCAGGAGGAGAGUGAAGAUGAAAGGUUUUCCCACAGGUGAAGAAGUAGAACAAAGAAAACCAAAGGGACAGUCUGGAAGAAGAAAACAUCUGUGACAGUUUGGUCUGCUACUAUAAGCGGCUUCCAGGUGAUGAUUCCAAAGCAUUUUAUAAGCACUGAUCUUCUCAACAUCCCUCUAAGAAUCAUAUUUUUCUUCAAACCCCCACUUCUAUGGCACUACUCCUGUGGGAUAGCAAGCAUGGCCCUUCUGUAGCUGUCAUCGCACUGUUACCAAUCAAUCCACUAGACCAGCAAAAAACAUCAAAUGGCCUUGUUUCAUAACAUGCAUUGUCACACAGGAGCCAGACUCUAGAGAGGAGGAGCCUUCGCUGCAGUGAGCUACAGCCCAGCCUGUUUACCAAGAGAAAAUAACAAGACCAAAGCAGGGGCCGAGGCCAAAAAGGAGCGAGCAGCAUUCCCAGAUUGCUGAGACUUCCACGGCUACUUCUCCAGCCUUCGCUCGUGCCCGGAUUGGAUCAAGGAUGCUGGACUGGGUGCAAGCUUUGCUUCUCGGCGCCGCGCUGCUAACAGCAGCGUCUGCCACCGAAGAAUGUGUCCGUGGCAAUGGCGUUUCCUACCGGGGCAGCCAGCAGCUCACCUCGAGCGGUGCCCCGUGCUUGAACUGGCUGGCGGUGCGGAGAAACCACAGCGCCGCUCUCCUCGCAGUCUCCGAGGAUCACAGCAGCUGCCGGAACCCCGACGGCGCUGCGGCCCCCUGGUGCUACGUGAGCGGCGAGGCCGGCAUCCCGGAGCGGAGCCCCUGCGACAUCGCCCCCUGCCCAGUUGAUACCUCCUCCACAGAGACUCUGGUCCCUACAGUUGUGGCUGAGGUUUCUCAGGGGAUAGACCAGGUAUUUGAACCAGCUGAUACUUUACCAGCCCGGAGCGAGGCAGCUGCUGUGCAGCCCGUCAUUGGGAUCAGUCAGAGAGUCCGGAUGAAGUCCAACGAAAAGAAGGACUUGGGGACAUUAGGCUAUGUGAUGGCCUUCAUCAUGAUGGUGAUAAUCAUUGCCAUUGGAGCUGGCAUUGUUGUGGGCUACAUCUACAAAAGGGGCAAAGACUUGAAGGAGCAGCACGAGCAGAAGGUUUAUGAGCGUGAAAUGCAGCGCAUCACCCUUCCACUUUCUGCCUUCACGAACCAGGCCUGUGAGCUUGUGGAUGAGAACACGAUAGUGGUACACACCAACCAGACCCCCAUAGAGGAGGCACAUGAUGGCAACGCACCUCUCAUGGGCCAGGCGGGUACUCCUGGUGCCUGAGGAGCUAGGGCCAGGAGAGGCACAGGUUGAAACGAUUGAGGCUAAGAUCCCAGUCUCUUGUUUUGGGAGUGGGGGUUCAUUUGUGUUUUUUUUGUUGAUGAAUUCCAGCAAGUGACAGGACUUGGAGAUGCACUGAAAUGGGGGCUGUUCAUUUUGUGGCUAGCAGGACUUGUUUCACUUGAGGACUGGUGCAAUGUGCCAUGCUGGCCCCACCUCCUGUACUUCAGAAUGGGAACUCCCCGCAUCCUCUUUUUCUGUUCCUCUCCCUUUUGACCAGUGUUACAUGCAUUUCAGCCUGUACUCUGACACAGCAGCAGUAUCAGAGGGACUGGUGGGAGCUUUACAGCAGGGUUGUGUAGAGACUUUGAAUGUACUUUUAUAGGAGAAAAGCUGUUCUGUGCAAAUGUCUUUUAGAGAUGGGGAAGAGUCAACUGACAACUAUCAAUAUGGGCACAUGAAGAGCUCAGGUUCAGCUAGGAGACAGAAGAUUUUGGUUAAAGGGGAGGGAGACAGCCCCCAAUGCAUUGCUUAAGAGAUCUCUCUCAAGAUACUCUUAAAGCAAAGUCUUCCAGUGCCCAGGACACAUUCCCCACUCUCUUUGGCUGGUACGGAAGAGCCUGGUUCCAGAGCAUCGAGCUGGGCUGUCUGCUAGGGCAGAAAUAUUUCAGAAGUGGAGGGAAGAUAGACAACCCCUCAAUCAGCUUCAGGCAGAACGGCCAAGUACUCUUUGCUGCUUAAAGGGAUAGUAGCCAUUUCUGAAUUCCUUUCAGACUUUCCCCAGGGAUGUGUAUUUCCAGCAAACAAGAGUUUAAGCCAGUCCUAGGGUGAAUGCAAGUGGAAAGUGCUUGAGAGAAGGACAAGCCAGCUGCACUAGUGCAGGCACAUCAAGGCCUUGUGCAUCCUGUUCUGUGUCCCUUGCACAGGCUGCAGGAGAGGUCACGCUGUAGGGGCUGUUUAUCCAAAGGGGCCAGUUUGGAUAAAGAUUUUAGGGCAAGUGUAUCAGCAAGAAGCACUUGUCUGUUCAUAAUCUGUGUAGGACUAAUUCAGAGAAAUGCACAGCCCCAUUGCUGCAGCAGGGUUCAAGCCAUCCAAAUAAGGUUUUCUACCCACUUACUUUAAGGGGACUUACUGAGCAGACAUUAAGGGUUGAUGUUUAUAUGGUUCAGAAAAGGGAUUUUUUUUUUUAAAGUCUUUGAAUACCAUUUCUUUGUAAAUAUUUUAAAUACCUCAAAAUAAAUAUGCAGAUUGUGCUA